CUUGCCUCGAGUCACAGAAAUACGUCUCUCUAUUUUUGAAGUUCGGAAACAUAUCACCCGUGAGUUAAACAUGGCUCCGGACUUGGUGAAAGUCGUAUUCAAGCUGUACCAUCUACCAGACUAUGUUGAAAGAUGUCUUAAAGACGAAGAAGGCAGAAGAAACACUGUCAAUGUUGCCCUCCUCGGCUCCAUCCGUGAGCUCGGCCGGUGGAAACUUGAGAAACAGCUGAUUGCCAAAGCCUCCUCUUCUGAAAGUGAUGUGUGGGAGGUCAGUGCUGAACUUCCGGUGUCCUCGUCCUUUGAAUGGUCGUGGCUGGUGGCUGAUGACAAGAAAGUCCUCUUCUGGGAUCCCGCACAGGACAGAAGAGCACGACUGUCCUACCACGAAGGGGUGAUGCAUGCAUCCUGGGGACGGGACCCCAACUAUUUUGUCUCCCAGACCUGCGCCCUGAAACUGGAGACCCACUACUAUUGUGAUACAUGGGAAGAUCCUGGAAGUCCAAGAAAGCAUUGA